AGCGUCAGUUUAGUAAGCCCUGAUCCAAAGUCCAUGCGGCUGUUGCAGCAAACAUAAUCUAACUACGGAAAAGACAGGACAGGAUUUACCGGGGUCCCCAUCAAGGAUGACUAAGGUUUCCUCAACUGUACAUGGAUUUAUCCUCUGAGGUCAAAGCAUGGUGAAGAGAAUAACAGUUGCCUAUGCUUUAUGGGCAGCAGGUGGUCCUUUGGGCCUCCACCAUUUAUAUUUAGGGAGAGACAGCCAUGCUCUGUUAUGGAUGCUGACCCUCGGAGGAUUUGGGGUCGGCUGGGCGAGAGAGGUCCUCCGUAUUCCUGCGUAUGUCGAUGAGGCCAAUCAAGAGGCAGAGGGAGUGAGGAAAAGAUCCCCCACUGCCAUCCCUCCCCCUAUAGGCCCUGUCAGAUUUGCUGGACAGGUGUGUGUGGGAAUAUACUUUGGUACCGUGGCUCUGAUAGGAUUGAACUCGCUCAGUUUCUUCUACUUGAUCGUUCUGCCUUUAUGUGUGGGUGCAGGGGUGCAUCUGGUUUCUAGUAUUGGCCAGCAGACUUCCGAUCUCCACAAGACUCUGACUGCCUGUCUCAUUACCUCCCCUAUAUUCUACGGCAGCACGCUAUCACCUCUGCCCAUUAGCCUGGCUGCCACUGUCACUGCUGCACAGCACCGCAGGUUCAAAACACCACAGCCUCCUGGGAGCACACAACAACUAGGUCCACGGCUUUACAGGCUGGGUCUAGCCUGGUUGGCCUUCUCUGCUCCACUGGGCUACUGUAUUUUCCACAACACCACAGCCACUCUGUAUUAUCUGUCUGACUGUGUGGCAGCACUGCUGGAUAUGUUCUGGUUCCUGCCAGGGCUCAGAGGCAUUAUAGAGUACAUUCUUUUGAUGCCAUAUCGGAUCCUGUGUGCCCUGACUGGAGGAGGGUACACUGAGGAGGCCUGGAGGAAAGUGCUGGAGAUACUGCUCAGAGAGUACACUGAGAGGGAAAAGCAGGCACUGCAGGUAUUGUCCUUGAAUGAAGAAGCCUCAAUUGAUGAGAUCACUCACAGCUACAGGGAACUGGCCAAGACGUGGCAUCCAGACCACAACCCGAGCAAAGAAGCUGAGACAAUGUUUAUAAAGAUCCAUGAGGCCUAUGAGCUUCUACUCCGCCGGCAUAAACCCAAUCGAUUCAAGUAGUUGUCCUUUAGUCCUAAUUGACUGGCCUGAAUGGAUGCAAGAGUGCGGGUCUGUGACACUCUUGACAGCUUUCCUUUUUCAGGCAUGACUGAUUGAUAGCAUCUUUCAGGGAAUGUUAACCAAGACGCUGGACCGCAGCUUGCAUUGUCUUGACACUACCACCUGAGAAUAGCACAUUCUUACCCUUGUUGUGAUUAAGAUAGAGAGGCGACAUUACACAUCAUUUGGUUGGUUACCAAGCAGACUUGCAAUACUUGCUCUCACAGGAAAUGAAACGACAGUUUUGCU